AGAAAGCAUUUUUCAGGAUGUCGUGGUUCUCAUGUGAGGAAUCCUGUACUAGUACCAAAUAUUUUGCUAGUACUUUAGGCUCUCGGUGUCUGUUAAAAGCUAUUGCUCGAGCGAUUAUUAAUAAUUUGUAAAGCUUGUUUACUAAUAGGUCUGUUUCGCAUUCAACCCGUUGUACAGAUAUCAGAUGUAAAAGUGUAUCUUGCUGUUAUUUGGUUGUUACUGCAACAAUUAGCUUGAUAUCCUAGUGAUGCAGCUGAAAUACUAGCUAGCUACGGAUAACUUGUCUGUUAAAAGUGAAAUUUAUAGACACGUAAUGGUUUUGUAGGAUAAUGGUGGUUCGAUAUUGGUAUUACUGUAGGUUUAGGUAGUGGAAAGGCCAGUAUUUUUUUUCUUCUUCUGCGUGGUGGCGAACUUCUUGAGCUAAGCUCAGUAAUGUCUACAUAUCUGUAUUUCAUGAAGUAUUUCACAAGCCGAGUAAAUAUGUUUGCUUGCGGUGUGAAACGCUUAACUGUACCCACAUCCCCAUACAUUUCUAUUUGGAAGAAUCCUUGGAGAAUCGUGUGUCCUCUGAUGUCGCUGCCUUCAAGGACAGAUACACAAUCUAGAAGAUUUCACGUUUCGACUGUAUCUUUGAAGAAUCCACGAGACAGUUUAACAUCAGGAAUCCCAAAGGGGUGUGCAACUGGUGAUGAUGCCAUUGACAAUAAAACUGAGGAGGACUUUGGGUCCCAUUCCAGAAACUUUGCAACCAGGAGGAUUUUCCGAAAGACAUCACCUGAAUUUCAGGACCUGAAUUACAGAGCAAGUGCUGAUGAGAAUGAUAUGGAAGAGUUGAGGCCAAGACCAGUCAUAAGAAACACAUCUUACUGGUACUUCCUUCAGUGCAAGAAACUGAUAAAGCAGGACAAGCUUGCUGAGGCGCUAGAUAUGUUUGAGACGCAAAUGCUGAAGGGUGAGCGUCUGCAGCCAGAAGAAUACAACUACACUGUGCUGAUUGGAGGCUGUGGACGUGUGGGUUUCCUCAAAAAGGCUUUCAAGUUGUAUAAUGAUAUGAAGAAGCAAGGCCUCCGACCUACAGAUGCCACCUACACUGCUCUGUUCAAUGCCUGUGCAGAGUCCCCCUGGAAGGACUCAGGUUUGCAGCAGGCUCUCAAACUGCAGCAAGAGUUGAAGAUGAAGAACGUUCAACUCAGCCUGAUCACUUACCAUGCCCUACUGAAGACCCAGGCACUUUGCUCUGACAUCAGAGCCUGUUUUCACGUUCUGCGGGAGAUGCUGCAAAAUGGCCAUGCAGUCACGCAGGAAACAUUCAACUUUCUCUUGAUGGGCUGUAUUAAAGAUAAAGACCAAGGAUUCAGGUUUUCCCUGCAGGUUUGGCGUCAGAUGUUGAAGAUGGGGAUAAGGCCCAAUUCUCACAGUUAUAACUUGUUGCUGCGUGCUGCUCGGGAUUGUGGUAUUGGGGAUCCUGCUCUGGCCUCCUGUUUGCUUCUGAGGAAUGAAGAGGAGUUUUCCCAAAAAAUUUCUAAAGGAAGGAGAGGUCAGAAGGCAAGAGAUAAAGAAGAGCCACAUGUGAUGGACAUAGAUGUCUUUGAAACCAGCCUUCUUCUGGACACAGAAGUUACUUCAUUGAAUAAGAAAGAGGCAGACAAGUUGUCCAAGGAAACAUACACCCAGCCUCAUAUAAAGCAGAAUAACUUAAAUUCCUACAUCACUUCAGAAUUACAAUCCAUGAGCAAUAACCAAAUGGUUCCCACUGAAACAAGCUCUCUACAGUCUUCAGUGGCCAGGGCCAGCUUUCCCAAUCUUCUUGACCGAAGGAUAAAUAUGACAAAUGUCAUCUCCUUGGGGGCUGUGACUAGUGCCUCUGAUCGGCUGGCACUGAUAGGGAACAUGGAGGGAUUACUUAGCAAAAUGGAGGCAGAUGGUUUGAAGCCCGACAUCAAGACUCUGACUUUGUUAGCAGAUAUUAUAGCACCUGGUGAGCAAUCAGAAUUGAGCUUGCUCUUGGUUGCUGAACAACACAAACUAAAACCAGACAUCUCUUUCUUCAAUUCCCUUGUGCGCAAAAAGGCAAAGUCAGGGGACUUUGAAGGGGCAAAGGCUUUUUUGCCAGUAGUGGCAAAGAUGGGUUUGGAACCUAAUCUUCACACAUACAGCAAUUUGGCAGUUGCCUGUAGCAGAGAGGAGGAUGGACUGCAGCUACUGUCAGAUAUGAAGGUUUCAGGUAUUACUCCCAAUGCCCAUGUAUAUAGUGCUCUAAUCAGUAGAGCUUCCAAGCAGCUGGAUUACAAGUACCUGAAAGAGAUCCUGAAAAGUAUGAAGCACAACCAGGUUCCUGCAACAGAAGUCAUCAUAAGGCAGCUAGAAUUUGCUGCUCAGUACCCACCAAACUUUGACAAGUACAAAGCCAAAAACAACUACCUGGAGAAGAUUGAUGGCUUCAGAGGGUAUUACCUUCAGUGGCUGAAGUCAAUGCCAGGACAGAAUACUCCACAUCCUUGGGAUAAAUAUAAACCACCAAGAAAGGAACCUAUGAAGUCUGAGGGCAGUUAAUAAAUCAGCCUACCCAGAAACAAAUAAUGAAUCAAUGAUUACAAAAAAUCUAUUAUACAUUAAAGAUGUAUAUGACUGAGAGAUGCUGAGAGUUAUUUUAAUGUUAAGAGUAUUGACAAAAUUUGUUAAAAUAAAUAGCUGUAUCAUAUUGAAAUACUUCAUAAUAAAGUGAAAAUAACCAAAAA